UUCUUCACUGAUACACCACACUCAUACACGAGUUCCUGCCUACCUCUUCUGCUUGUUAUCUAUUCCAAGUCCACUGUCCACUGUCACUUAGCUUCCAUCAAAUUUAAGGUCAAAGCAGCAGAAGAAUAGUUUAAGCCAUGGCCACCACGGAACCCAUCAUCGCAAAAAAGACUGCUUGUGUGAUCGGCGGCACCGGCUUCGUGGCGUCUCUGCUGAUCAAGCUCUUGCUGGAGAAGGGCUAUGCCGUCAGAACCACUGCUAGAGACCCUGAUAAUCUGAAAAAGAUCUCGCACCUCACAGCACUCCAAGAGUUAGGAGACCUAACAAUUUUUCGUGGUGACUUAACCGAUGAAGGGAGCUUCGAUGCUGCUAUAGCAGGAUCUGAUCUUGUUUUCCAUGUUGCCACACCAGUCCACUUUGGCUCUCCGGAUCCAGAGAAUGACAUGAUCAAGCCAGGAAUCCAAGGAGUACUAAAUGUCAUGAAAUCAUGUGUGAAAGCCAAAUCAGUUAAGCGAGUCGUUUUGACAUCAUCAGCAGCUGCAGUAACUGUCAAUACUCUUACUGGAACAGGCUUGAUCGCAGACGAAAAUGAUUGGUCUGAUGUUGAAUUCUUGACCACUGCCAAGCCACCUACUUGGGGGUAUCCUGUUUCAAAGGUACUAGCUGAGAAGACAGCUUGGAAAUUUGCUGAAGAAAACAGCAUUGAUCUCAUCACUGUGAUUCCUUCUCUCAUGGCUGGUGCUUCUCUCACUCCAGACAUCCCCAGCAGUAUAGGCCUCGCCACAGCUUUAAUUACAGGAAAUGAAUUUCUCAUAAAUGGCUUGAAAGGCAUGCAAAUGCUCUCAGGUUCAAUAUCCAUUUCACAUGUGGAGGACGUCUGCCGAGCUCAUAUAUUUUUGGCAGAGAAAGAAUCUGCUUCUGGCAGGUACAUAUGCUGUGCUGAAAAUAGUAGUGUUCCCGAGGUUGCAAAGUUCCUCAGCAAAAGAUAUCCAGACUACAAAAUCCCAACUGAGUUUGGAGAUUUUCCAUCCAAGGCCAAGACCAUACUCUCUUCAGAAAAGCUUAAGAAGGAAGGGUUCACUUUCAAGUAUGGGAUCGAAGAUAUAUACGACCAAGCUGUGGAGUACUUGAAAGUUAAGGGGGUGCUACAGAACUAGAACUAGAAACUGGUGGUUUCAGUUGUUUAAUUAUGAUCCUGCUUGCAUGGAUCAUAUGUGUACUCGGCUUUUAUCUAGCUAUGCUCUUUCCUUUCUAAUGCUACUAGAUAAUAGCAUCAUAAGAUUUUUUUAGCAUGGUGUACCUGAAUCUUCCUAAUUGAUAAUAAAAUGUUUGAUCAGUAAGAA